AGAGGGAGUGAGUGAGAGAGAGUGGAGAGGGAUAUAUUGAGUCAAAGCUGGUCUGCAUGCUCCACAGUGUGUGAGAGACAGAGGACGUGAGAGCGGGUAAGAUGGAGUGCUGGCACAGAUGAAGACUGUCCCUGGUCCCAUUUGACAGUCCACAUGAGCGUCUCCAAACCCCCACAUCCUCCCUCCACCUCUCACCUGACCAUUCCCCCCUCGUCCACCUCCACCCCGUCCUCGUCGGCCUCCUCCCCGUCGGCCACGCGCCACUCCACCGCACUGCCCCCCCCCUCGCCGGUCAAGAUCUCUAUGCAGGAGCACUUUGCCAUCAACGUGUGCCCGGGCCCCAUCCUCCCCAUCCCACAGAUCUCGGACUUCUUCCCCCGUUUCCAUGACUACCCCUGCACGCCGCCGCCUCCGAGGGAGAAGAAGAUCCUGAAAGAGGAGACAUUCAACGGGGAGACGGCAGGGGGAUACAAGGAUGGGGAGAGGCGGGGGGACAACGACGGAGACCGGGAGGAGAUGUUGGACUCUGAUGACGAAGACACCUACCUGGGCACCUUGGAGUUCAACCUGCUGUUCGAUCAGGAGAACAACUGUCUUCAUUGUACUAUUCACAAGGCAAAGGGACUGAAAGCCAUGGACUCCAAUGGGCUGGCCGAUCCAUACGUCAAGCUUCAUCUUCUCCCCGGGGCUAGCAAGGCAAACAAGCUACGGACAAAAACCCUGAAGAACACGUUGAACCCAGUGUGGAGCGAGACACUUGUGUACCAUGGCAUCACUGCAGCCGACAUGACCACAAAAACCCUCAGGUUGUGUGUAUGUGACAUGGACAGGCUCGGCCGAAAUGAAUUCAUCGGAGAGGUGAGGGUGGCCCUGAAGAAACUGAGAGAGGGCGAGAGCAAACGCUACAAUAUGGGCUUGGAGAGAAUUACACAGAAUAAAGAAGCUAACAAUCAAAUGGUGGAGCAGGGAGCGCUCGUGGCGGAGGAGGAGCGCGGCCGCAUCCUGGUGUCACUGUGCUAUAACACAGAGAAGAGCUGUCUGCUGGUUGGGAUCAUACGCUGUGCCCAUCUGGCCGCCAUGGACUCCAACGGCUACUCGGACCCCUUCGUCAAAAUCUUCUUGCAGCCGGAUAUGGGAAAAAAGUCCAAGUACAAGACCACAGUGAAAAAAAAGACUCUCAACCCUGAAUUUAAUGAGGAGUUUUCAUACGACGUGCCCGUGGACCAGCUGGCGAAGAAAACCCUGGAGAUCUCUGUUUGGGACUACGACUUGGGAAUGAGCAACGACUUCAUAGGAGGAGUGGAGCUGGGCAUCAACGCGAGCGGAGAGAGACUCAAACACUGGUUUGAGUGUCUCAAAAACAAAGGGAAGAAAGUGGAGUACUGGCAUACGCUCACGCAGCAAGGAGCCCCGCCCAGUGACAAACCAGACUAGAUAACAAAAGACGUCCAUGCAAACACACACGUAGACAUGUGCACACACCUACACACACCUACACACACACAUACACACUUUUCCCACUGAGAAACAGUUGGAAACAGAGACCAAGUCAAGCAGUAAUAAGAGCAAAGGAUAAAACAUGCAAUAAUAAUAUUGAUGAUAAUAAUAAUGUUGAAGAUGAAAUCUGUCGUUGAACGCCAAUGCUUCAAGCACCGAGUAUUAGUAUGUGAUAUUCGUACUAAUAUCAGUGAUGGUAACAAUCUGAAUACUUUUUUUUAUUUUAAAGGUGAACCAAAUUGUAACAAUGUCCUCAUUAAAGUGUUGACGUUAAAAAAAAAAAAAAAAAAACAAUACUCACACAAAUUGUGCUUUAGACCUCACUGUAUUGUGGAAGUCGCUCAUACUCUGCCGUUCGGAUUCACACCAGAGGAAGAGAUGACGAGAACCGAAUGUACUCGAAAUCCAUUCAGUGAAAGGGGGCCGGCAGCACGCGGACCCCAGUGACUCAUAACGUGGUGUUUAGUGAGGAGAGCGGGGACGUCAUGAAAAAAAGGGGAAUUCUGUCCUGAGAAGUCUAUUUCAGUGGUUGUUGAUCUGAUGCAAAACAACGACGACACCAUAUUAUAAAGCACAAAAUGAUCCAUUUGGUGGAUUUGUACCUUUAAUGUUUCAGUGUUCUUCUGUCUUUCAUCGAGUUAAAGUGACAGUGGCUCUCUGUUCAUCUUCAUGUCGCACAUUGACGUGUCAGCAUGUGUGUGUGUGUGUGUGUGUGUGUGUGUGUGUGUGUGUGUGUGUGCGAGGGCUAUUUGGGAAUACGAGUGCCUACAUUAACCGUCUGUGGAGUCUGUGUCUGUCCGUAUCAUCGUGCCGCAUUCAAAAUGUCUCCAUCCAACUUCAGAAGCACAGAGGCGAGAAGAAAGAUAAAUAAGGACAAGAAAAACAUACGAGCGAGAAAUCCUCCGCCACCGCCGCCGCCACAGGUCUCAGUGGCGUGAGUGUUCCUGGCUGGAGGACACUGACAAGCUGCCAAUCAUCCGUGUGUGCCAAAACCAUCUCUGUCUCUCCCAUUGCCAGACGGUCAAAGAGCAACUUGAAGAAUGGAACAUGUUUUGACGCUUAACUUCUGUUCUGUUCAUUUUUUAUUUUCUUUUUUUUUGCUUCUCUGAUGACAGGCUGAUAUCAGAGGGAGCUGUUGUUUUUUUUACCUUCAGGAUCCAAGCGAGAUAAACUCAAUAACUCGAUUUCUGCUCCAGCGAAGACACUUUUCCUCCUGCAGGGCGAUAUCCUACCAGUAAACCCACUGAUCAGCCACAACAUUAAGACACCUAUAAUUAUGGUAAUUGGUAUCACGCAACAGGAUGUUGGGCGCUUCCUUGGUGGGUUCUGACCAAUGAACAUCCACCCGUCACAGCUUGGCCUUUGUCAAUGUUUCCCUGACCCUUACUCGUUUACAGCUUCCAACACGUCCACGUUGCAUCCCGCCCUGUGACAGGUGCCAUUUAUUUUUAUCAAUUCAAUGAAUGUCCUUUACUCCACUUGUGAGUAAUUUAUGUGUUGUGGCUGCUCAGUGUAUGUUUAUUCCCUCCGCCAAGCAGAUGCUGUUGUCACCAUUUGUUUGUUUGUUUGUUUGUUAGCAUGGUUACACAAAAACAAUUCACCGCUAUUCCCCAACCCUCCUGGCAGGGUGUGGUAUGGUCCGGUGCGGAUCUGGAUCAGGGGGCGCAUCCAGGAUAACUUGUUUCACUGUCUUUAUUAAUUGGCCGUUGUUCAACCAUUGUUACACUUUCCCAACUGAAUGAGUUGAUGAAAGAAACCCUAACCCAGGCACAUUUCGGGGAUUGAUAUCUGUGAGUGUGUGAAACCUGGUGCAGUCCGAUUUAAUUCAAAGGGACUGUUGGUCCUUGGCGGAGGCAUGCACUCUACUGGGUGAUUUUGUACUUUGAAUAUUUACUUGAUUGGUACAGUAAUCUGAUCUGAAAGAAUAAGACCCCCACCUCAUUCACCUUCACCAUUCACCUCAAGAGCCUGUUGUUAAGAGGACUGUUGCAUUAUCCAGUGUCCCAUUCAACCCAUUGACUUAUUGCGUUUUAUGAACUGUUAGGCAUCAGGUUUAAAGUGGCAUAUAUUAAAUUACUUGGAUGCAAGGUAGGACCCCUGGGACCAUGUCUGUGAAACAGGAUUGCAGCGUGCAGUCAGUAGAAAUGCAGACUUUUAAAAAUGAAGCCCCCUGUUAAUUCAGCCUGAAGAGAUCAAAGAGAUUAUAACCUGAAUGGAAACACAGGCUUUGCAGCAGGGGACCGUGGAUCAUCACAGAUCAGGAUCCACAGCAUUUAGAAUCUGAGCUCGAUUGCACACUUAUCAACCUGUUUUGUGCAUAUUGUUGAAUUGUCAGGAUAUGAAGUGCACCCCCCCCCCCCCCUGGAUCCUCCAUCACUGAGGCUAUGGCCGUACAGUGGUUCACAAAAGCAGACCCACAGUCAGUCAGUGGCCUCCGGGAGUUUUUCUAACUGUUGAUUCGAUCUGGCUGCUCGUAUUCUUGCUGUCCUCCGACAACCUUGUGAAUGUCUCAUUGUUGACUGCAAAAAAAAAAAGAAAAGUGGAUCCUUUAAUGGAUUGGAUGUAGAAGAAAAAGGGCUUGGGCAUUAUCGUAAGAGCUUGGAACUAAACUAUGUGUUAUAAUGAGCUUCGACACAUUUUCAGUUACACCUUAAAGGACUUUAAGUAGCGGGUUGGGCUGGGAUGGGGGAUUAGUCUGUACUUUCUCUAUGCACAUCAAAACACCCAGCAUGUCAGCAGUGAGAUAAUCAAACCAAAUCGAUAACAUUAUAAUGUUACACUGGCAUCGAUGACGCUGCACUUCUGGGAACACUUUGUUUCGGGGUCAUGCGAGGUGAGAGUGAUCUAAUAGAGUUGACAUUUUCGGGCUGGACGGCCGCCUACUCCUGUCUCUUGAUCUGUUGCUUUUGUUUACAGUCACCAAGUUGUUCUGACUCCUGUCUAUUGACCCUGCUUAGCUUAUGUAACCAUUUUAGCUGCGAUACAGCUGCAUGUUUAGCAAACACCAUCAGCUUGUGUAAUCGAGUGCAACCCUCCGCUGAUCAUUCUGAAUGCCGAUGUGUUUACAGUCCUCGCCGUCUAUUCGGUCUCUAAACGUCUUAGUGUGUUAUUUGUUUGUGACUACGAUGAUUCAGGGUACUUUUUGCUCAGUUGCUGUGCUUUGACCAAGCAAGCUAUUGCUUUAAAAAAGAAAAGAAGAAGAAGAAGAAGAAGAAGAAGAAGAAGAAGAAGAAGAAGAAGAAGAAGAAGAAGAAGAAGAAGAAGGAACAAAACAAACAAAA